UUUCGUCUCCCCCCAUAUAUAAACCCAAUCCCUUUCUUCUUGCUUUCCAAUUUUUUCCACACCCACAAACACAAAGCACAAAAAUUUGCGAAAUCUAAGUCCGAAUCUGAGUCAAUUUAUCAGGUCUUUGUUUGGUUAUGGCUUUGGGGAAGAAGUGCAGGAGUAGUUUACUGAAACGCAGCGUUUCGUUCGGAGGAGGAGAAGGGUUUGUUCGAGCUUUGGGGAGGAAGAGGAUAGAAAUCCCGGAUGCGGAGGAUUCGUAUUCGGGUUUGAGCCCCAAGACUCCAUUGAAGAAGCAGAGGAGCGAGUGUUUCGCUUUCGAUUUCGAUUUCGAGGGUGAAAGUUCUAAACUUGAAGCUCUGCCUCAGGAGAUUCUGAUUAAGAUUCUGUGUGGAGUUGAGCAUGAGGAUCUUAAACAGCUUUUCCAUGUAUCUAAGGCGAUUAGAGAAGCGACUCUUAUUGCAAAACAGUUCCAUUUUGCUUACAGCACACCUAGAAAGAUUCGAGCUUUUCGAACCAAGAUUGAUUUUUCGGAGUCAAAUGAUGAAUUGGAAGAGAUUGAAGCUCCGAAUGCUCCGAGGCAGCAGAGGCUGCAUAGGGCGCUGCCGAGCCAGAAAAAGCUUGAAGAGAUAUCGGUUAACUUAUUGGAUUCAUUGGAGGAAGGAAUGAGAAGAGGGCUCUUCAUGGAUGAAGAUGAUGAGUGAGCGACCAGGGAUUUUGUACAUAGAAAUGUCCUGCUUUGCCCUGCUUUGCUGCUUGAGUAGUGUGUGUACAUAUGGAGAAAUUGGUACCAAGCAGAUUCUUCAAAUUCUCAAUCAUUGAAGAUCAAAACUUGCUUGUUUAUCUAUUUCUGUACAUGUAUUAGAAAGAAAGAAAGAAAGAAAGAAACUUUACUUGUUGGUUUAUUAAGGGCUCCAAUCUUUGAGCCCUUCCACUGAGAAUAAUAUGAAGGAUGCAGACUUUGGUUGUGUAAUUUAUGAGUUUUAAUUUAUAAAAAUCAUUAAUGUUUCAAUGCAA